AUGACAACACCCGCACCGCCCGAGGACCAGGCGCGUCUCCUAGAGGAUGCCCUGGUCGCCGUUCGACAGCAGACGUCGCUCAUGCGAAAAUGUCUCGACACUCCUGGCAAGCUCAUGGAUGCGCUGAAGUGCUGCUCGACUCUCGUUUCGGAAUUGCGAACCAGCAGCCUCGGCCCUAAGCAGUAUUACGAGCUUUACAUGUCCGUAUUCGAUGCCCUGCGCUACCUGUCCGUCCACCUCCGCGAAAACCACCCCGUCAACCACCUCGCCGACCUCUACGAGCUCGUACAGUAUGCCGGCAACAUUAUUCCCCGCCUCUAUCUCAUGGUCACUGUCGGCACCGCCUACAUGGGCAUUGCAGAUGCGCCGGUCAAGGAGCUCAUGAAGGACAUGAUGGACAUGAGCCGCGGCGUCCAGCAGCCUAUCCGUGGUCUCUUCCUCCGAUACUAUCUGUCAGGACAGGCUAGGGAUUUUCUUCCUACCACCGAUAGCGACGGCCCGGAAGGCAACCUCGGCGACUCUAUAAACUUUAUCCUUACCAACUUUGUCGAGAUGAACAAGCUCUGGGUUCGUCUGCAGCACCAAGGGCAUUCUAGAGAAAGAGACCAGCGGAUCCGAGAGCGAAAGGAGCUACAGCUUCUUGUGGGCAGCAAUAUUGUGCGCCUGAGCCAAUUGGUUGAUCUUGAGACUUACCAGUCCUCAAUUCUCGGCCCGCUUCUGGAACAGGUUGUUCAGUGUCGCGAUGUCCUGGCCCAAGAAUAUCUGCUAGAGGUCAUCACUCAAGUAUUUCCCGACGAGUACCACCUGCACACCCUUGAUAAGUUUCUCGGCGCCGUCUCUCGCCUCAACCCCCACGUGAAUGUCAAGUCCAUUGUUAUUGGCCUCAUGGACAGGCUGUCCGAUUUUGCCGAGCGCGAGACCUCGGCUGAGAAGUCGCCCGAGCAGGGGGGUCGCGAGUCCGAGGCACUCGCAAAACUGCUGGAAAACGCUAAGCUGAACGACAUCAAGGGUGCUGAUGGGACGGAGGCUGGAGGCGUGACUGAAGGCGAAGGCGAGGGAUCCGAGGAUAAAGAUACGAAUGGCGAUACCGAAACCGAAACCGAGACAAAUGUGCACAACGUGGCCACAGAGACGUCUAGUGAGGCAAAAACGAUCGCUGAUAGCAACGUGCAGCUCUAUGAGGUGUUCUUUGCCCAGGUAAAAAAUCUGGUCGAAGCGCAACAUCUACCUAUCCCCGACACCAUCGCUCUGCUUGUUUCGUUGCAAAACCUGGCCCUCAACAACUACCCCGACCGCCUCGACUUUGUUGAUCAGAUUCUCGCCUACGCUGCCACUAAGACAAAGGAGAAUAUGAACAAUGCUGACCUGCACUCUGUACCCGCGCAGCAAAGUCUGUUGGCCCUCUUGCAAGCGCCACUGGACCGCUACGUUUCAAUCUUCACUGCCUUGUCUCUGCCAACAUAUGUGCCACUGUUCCGGGCUCAAUCCUAUCCUACUCGCCGUGCUGUUGCGGGAAACAUUAUUCGUACCCUCCUCAAAACCCAGACCAAGAUCGUCAAGACGGAGCAAAUGGAGAAUGUGCUGGAAAUCAUGUCUGUUCUUAUCAAAGAAGGAAACCAGGCCACGCAAGGUUAUCCUGCCGCUCAGCGCCGUCCAGUAGAGACAGAUGAGACGAUGCAAGAGCAAGGCUUGCUGGCGAGAAUGGUCCACCUGCUCCACGCCGAAGACAACGACACACAAUUCAAGCUCAUUCAACUGACGAGGAAAGCCUUUGCGGAUGGUGGAGACCGCAUUCGCACAACGACACCGCCGCUCAUCACAGCCGGCCUGCGGCUCACACGAAAAUUAAAAGCGAGGGAGGGGCUGGAUGACAACUGGGAGACGCAAAGCAAUGCCCUGUUUAAGUUUAUGCAUUCAGUGCUAAGCACUUUGUACACGCGCGUCAAUGGAUCUGGCGCAUCCGAGAUGGCUCUGCGAUUGUUUUGCGCCGCCGGCCAGGCUGCCGAUAUGACGGGCUUCGAAGAGGCAGCCUAUGAAUUUUAUGCGCAAGCGUUUACAGUGUAUGAGGAAGCCGUGUCUGACUCCAAGGCACAGUUCCAGGCUGUCUGUGUCAUUGCGUCGUCGCUGCACCAGACGCGCAACUUUGGCAAGGAGAACUACGAUACCCUCAUUACCAAGUGUGCUCAGCAUGGAAGCAAGCUGCUGCGCAAGCCAGACCAGUGCCGUGCCGUGUAUCUAGCUAGCCAUUUGUGGUGGGCCAAUAUCAUUCCCGCCAACAGAGAAACGGAAGAAUCCGAUCUGUACCGAGACGGCAAGCGGGUGCUCGAGUGCCUCCAGCGGGCUCUGCGCGUGGCAGACUCGUGCAUGGAGACGCAUACGUCUAUUGAGCUGUUUGUCGAGAUUCUGGACCGCUACGUAUACUACUUUGACCAGCAAAAUGAGUCGGUCACCACGAAAUAUCUCAAUGGACUCAUCGAACUCAUCCACUCCAACCUGGCUGGCAAUCAGCAAGAGUCUGCCUCGAUCGAGACGAGCAAAAAGCAUUUCCAUCAGACGCUGGAUAAUAUCCGAAGCAGGCAAUACGAGGGGGUGGUGUUGUAUCCGAGUUAA